AUGGCCGAGUCCAACCUCAAAGAGACCUUCUACCGCCAGUUCAACCAAGAUGUCGCAACACUUCGCGCGCAAAUCGAGAACCUCUCCUCCGUGUCCACAUCUGGCGGCGAGCGCAACGAAGCAAUAGACAACUGCCUGGCCGGCAUAAACCGAGUAGCCCUCGAUGUCCAGGACGCCUCGAGCUAUCUUCCGGCUUACGAUCAACGGACGUACAGCGAGGUACGUCACAUAUCGAAGAUAGUGAAGCCAAAAGAAGAGCUGGAGGCUGACAAGAAAGUGUAG